CUGUCUGGAGUAGAGCGGAGAGAAUGCAGAUUGUACUUUUAAACGCCAUUUCGAGUUUUGAGGAACCAAUUGGGGAUUUUAAUGGUGUCGCACAUAUAUGGGAUAUCUCGAAAGUGCCCGUUCUGCGUCUAUGAAUCCAAAUUAAAUAGAAUUGUGAUCGACUGAAUUAUGGAAUAAUUGUGCCAUCAUUCGCAAUUAGUAGCUAGCUAACAAAGCGCCUUGGUCAUAAUACAACGAAAACUAGUCUUCGUUUAGGCUUUCAUGGCAUAUGAUGGAUUUCAGGUGAAGUCAAGUACAACAAAAUAUUUUGUGGAAUCGUUUGCUUUAUGUAGUUAUGUAUUGCUAACGGAACAAGGAAACUACAUCGAACAGGAGCACAACAAAGGACUCGUGCAGUGCAGUCUCGCGAGCAACCGUUAGAGGAAGGAGCACAUUUUGGCAGUUGACAUUCGAACUUAGUAUUUCCCAGUCUGGCAUUUGUCUGUUCGUUUGCUAUGCGUACAUGACCGUGCCAGGUUUAGCUGGCUAGCUAGCUAGCUAACUAGCUACAUUGUUUAAAACUUUAUUAAGGGAAGCGAGGUGUUUUUGUAUAAGUACCGCCAACUGAUUGGAAACUUGAGGAACUCGACGUUAUAAUUGGUGUAAUUAGCUAGCUACCGUAGCUAAGGGGGUUUGGCUUUCCGUGGCGUCUUAUAGGCAGUCAAGAAAGAACUGAAGAUGACGACGCAUAACGUUACAUGACACAGAAGGCUGGGUUACACGGAACUCCCCCAUACCACCUGUGGCUUGCAAGUGCACGUCAAGCUAUAUUACAUCGUCAAUGGCCAACCAUCUUGAUUGCCAACAGUCCUCCAGAUGAUGGAUGUCCUAAGUCUGAAAGCCUUUGUGCAUGAUUCUCAGUUCAUGCUAGUCUAUAAACAUCCUACUCUUGUUGACCUACUUUAUUCCCAUGCUUUUGUCAAAUUACAUUUUAGUUUGUAAUUGAAUUGACUUUACAGAAGUACUUUUUUGGAAGGAGCCAAAUCUUUCUAUUUCCAAAGGGGGGGGAAAAGUCUUUAGUCUUCCAUUACCUUUAUUUGUGAUUGUAUGGAUGCAAUAUAGGCUUUGAGUGGCUGCUCACUCUGUGUGGGUGGAGAUAUGUCUGACAACUUCUUAGACAAGAUGGUGAGGUUCUUGUCACCCCUGUCCAAGAAUGCCAGUUGCUCCAGCUCGGACUCUCAGCUCGGCGAGCGGAUCGGCCCUGAAGUCCGUCGCCGUCACCACACUAUGGAGAGAGAGCAGCUGAAAGGCGAACACCGGUUUGUCCGCCGCAGUGUCAUUUGCGACUCCAACGCCACAGCUUUGGAGCUUCCCAGCAAAAUCGUACCUCUGAGCUUGCCGCCGGACUGCCCCACAGCCCCUGCUGUCUGUGAUAUUGGCAUUCCCAAAGCCACUGCCUCAAUUGAGACCUCUGGAAGCACUGAUGGACAGGUGGUAGAGAGGGCUCAGGGUGCAGGCAGCAGCUUUCACAAUGAGCUGGUCGAAGAGGUGAGGCCUGUAUUGUCAACAAGUUGUGGUAUGGAGACAAAGCAGGUGUCUCCUCUGGGUUCCUGUAGUGAAGCAUCAGAGCUGAAGUCAGGCAGUGCUGUAGCCUCUAAACCUGAAAACGAAAAUGUGGAAGAUGAGGAAAGCAAGGAGAAGGCUCGAGCAGAGGCUGAGCUGCAACGUGAGGCUGAGAAAAAGGAGCAAGAGGACAUAGAAGAGGUUGAGACAAAGGCUGUUGGCACCUCUCCUGAUGGUCGGUUUUUGAAGUUUGAUAUCGAGAUUGGACGCGGCUCGUUCAAGACCGUGUAUAAAGGACUGGAUACGGAAACAACUGUGGAGGUGGCAUGGUGUGAACUGCAGGACCGAAAAUUGUCCAAGGCUGAACGACAGCGCUUCAAAGAGGAGGCAGGAAUGCUGAAAGGCCUACAGCACCCCAACAUCGUGCGCUUCUAUGAUUCCUGGGAGUCCCCCUGCAAGGGAAGAAAGUGUAUUGUACUUGUGACGGAGCUCAUGACAUCGGGCACUCUAAAGACGUAUCUGAAGCGCUUUAAAGAGAUGAAGAUCAAAGUCCUGCGCAGCUGGUGUCGUCAGAUCCUGAAGGGCCUUCACUUCCUGCAUACCAGGUCUCCUCCCAUCAUCCACCGCGAUCUCAAGUGCGACAACAUCUUCAUCACUGGACCCACUGGCUCCGUCAAGAUCGGAGACCUGGGCCUUGCCACUCUCAAGAGGGCUUCCUUUGCCAAGAGCGUUAUAGGUACCCCUGAGUUCAUGGCUCCUGAGAUGUAUGAGGAGAAGUAUGACGAAUCAGUGGAUGUCUAUGCCUUUGGGAUGUGUAUGCUGGAGAUGGCUACCUCUGAGUACCCGUACUCCGAGUGCCAGAAUGCGGCACAGAUCUAUCGCAGAGUGACCAGCGGGGUGAAGCCUGGCAGUUUUGACAAGGUUGCGAUUCCUGAAGUUAAAGAAAUCAUAGAGGGGUGUAUUCGUCAAAACAAAGAUGAGAGGUAUUCCAUCAAGGACCUGUUGAACCAUGCGUUUUUCCAGGAAGAGACAGGUGUUCGUGUUGAGCUGGCUGAAGAAGAUGAUGGGGAGAUGGUUGCCAUCAAACUGUGGCUUCGCAUUGAGGAUGUUAAGAAGCUCAAAGGGAAAUACAAGGAUAAUGAAGCCAUUGAGUUUUCCUUUGACCUCCAUAAAGAUGUCCCAGAGGACGUGGCACAGGAAAUGGUUGACUCGGGUUACGUCUGUGAGGGUGACCAUAAAAUCAUAGCCAAGGCCAUAAAGGACCGUGUAGCUCUGAUCUGCAGGAAGAGAGAGCAGCGUCAGCUGGUUCGGGAGGAGCAAGAGAAGAGGAAGCAGGAAGAGGAGGUGGGAAGGCAGGCUCAGGGUGAGCCCCCUCAGCCACAGCCUCCCAUCACCAAGCCCCCUCCUACCACUCUAGUGCCAGUUCCCAUAGAGACAGAGGAGCCUGAGGGGGAGCAGCACCUACUAUUACAGAAGGAGCCUGGUGCUCCUGCUUCAGUAGCCAUAUGUGGUAUAGAGCCUUCUCCUGAACAGCCAGGGGUAACUUCCUACAGCUCUCUGCAGCCGGAGCUGCAGCCUCAACCCUCUGCAACUCUGCACAGUGCUCAUCCCCAACUGCCCCAGCAGCAGUCUGGGAUCCAUCCACAUGGCUUGGCGCCUACCUCUCAAGGCAGCAGUGCUGUCCCUGCUGUGCCCAUCUCUCAUCCUGGAACCACUGCUCCACAGCAGACCUCUCUGCCAGCUCCUGUUCAGCCCAGCGUCUCCCUGCAGCACCACCCACCACCACCAGAUGGCAGUGUUGUAUCCCAGAGCUCGAUACAGCUCCCACAACCACAGGGUCCUCAGGCCUUGCAGAUUCCAGUGAGUAUGUCGCAGCCUCUACCUGCAGAGCAGACUCAAGCCCAGGCAGUGCAGAUUCCACCAUCUUUUGAGAGCGGCCUAUCAGACACUGUGCCAGGGCCAAGUGAUGGGAACGAGGUCAGAAGCGAGGCGAAGCGAGGGAAGCGCCACCAGCACCGCUCUGUGCGCAGCCGCUCACGUCACGACAGGACGGCCAGGGCCAAGCUCGUUGUGCUCAAUAUUUCUAAUAUUGGUGACAGAGUAGCCGAAUGCCAGUUGGAAACCCACAACAGAAAAAUGGUGACAUUCAAGUUUGACCUAGAUGGAGACAACCCUGAAGAAAUUGCGCAGAUCAUGGUCCAGAGUAACUUCAUCCUGGAAAGUGAGCAUGAGUCCUUCAUUGAUCAGGUGCGCGAGGUCAUAGACAUGGCAGAUGAGGAAGGUGAAGGUAUAAGUGACAGCUAUCCUCAGGUGGCAAGUGACCCAGACCAGCCGACCCCCGAGAUAUCCACUCCAGUUCUGCCUGGUAUACCCCCAAAUGUGGCUGCACAGGUGGUACACUCAGCAGGACGCCGUUUCAUUGUCAGCCUUGUGCCAGAACCACGACACCGAGAGUUCUGUUCUGGUCCUUUGUCAACCAACACAUCUUUCGGAGAUGACCAGCCAGUGUCUGACCCUGGCCCAGUUGUCAAUCCACAACAGGAGCAGAGUAAUCAGGCUCCUAACACAAUCCAGCUCCCUGUAUUGCCUCCUCAAGUUGGAGCACCUGCAUCUCAACCUGUAUACCAGAAUCCACUGACAGCCACUGUUCCUGCAGUAACCCACAGUUCCGUCUCACCACAUUCUGUUGCUCAACCACCCACAACAGGCAGGAUCUCCCCUUCCACAGCUGCCUCAGAGCGGCCUGCCUCUCAGCGUCGUCCCUCACUGCCUUCCACAAAUGCCUCCAGCCAGCAGCUGGAGAGCAAUGGCAGCAUCAUACCCUCUGCUGUGGAUCAGCCACUUGUUCCCAAUGCCUCCACACAGGUGCCACCAGGUCUCUCAGCUAACCCCACACCUAUGCCUGUAGCCGUCCCCAGCCACAAUGGGGAAAACGAGGGAGAGAUGCAGGGAAAGUCACCAGGUAUCGAGGAUAUCCAUGCCCUGGACAAAAAGCUACGCUCACUUUUCCAAGACCAGGGUUCCUCCUCAGGCCUGUUGCCCCAGCCUGAUGCAUCUGGGGACACAGUCCCCACCGCCUCACCACCCAACACCAUGAGCUCCCCUCCCCCUGGCCUGGCUUCUGAUGGAGCCCACAUACCACCAGGCAGUUUGUCCCUGAGUUCCAGUGGGCACUUUCCUCCUGGUGCCUUUGCCUCUCCAGGACAGUCAGGAUCAACUGCUGUAUAUGUUCAAAGUCCUCAGGUGGACCCUGGCACUCAAAGGCUGCAGACCUCUGUUGUUGCCCAUCAGGAUGAGCAGACCACCAUAGAGUACAGGCAGCAUGUAGCAACCCCAGAGGUUGAAGGCUUCCAACUUGGCCGAUUUCAGGUUUCCGUGGCCAAUGAUCAUGUCCUAGAUGAUGUUCCUGACCACAAAAUUAUGGCUUCAUUUUCAUCCACUACUCCUUCUGCAUUAUCUUCCUCAUCCUCCUCAUUGAUAUCAAGCCCUGAAAAUACCCUCCAUAAGUCUCAAACCAUGCAGAACACAUACCCUGAACACAGCAUUUCAGAUUCCCUACCUGCUGCUGCCGCUACCACCAUUGGUCGCUUUCAGGUGACGUGCUCCGCGGACCUCAGCACGGGCCAUUUCUCGGUUACUCCAGCUAGGGGGGAGGAGGAGGAGGAGGAGGAGGAGGUGGUGGUGGUGGUGGUGGAGGAAGCGGCUACUGGGAACUCAAAGAAUGGACCAAAUAGUAGUCUGGUUCUCAAUAUGUCUACUGCUGGCCCAGCCAGAUCUCGCUACUGCUUAAGCAGUGAUGACUCUGAGCCAGAGGACGAAGCUUUUGAGAAAGUGAUCAGAGAGCUCAGAGAGAGACACAAGAAUGAGAUCCAGGUCUUGCAGACCAAGCAGAAGAAGGAGAUUGAGGAGUUGUUUGCACGGAUGGGCAAAACACGCCCAUCUGUGGUGGUAGCCACUGCAGCAGCAGUGGCAGGAGGCCGGAGGAGACCCACUAAAGGCAAGGGCAGCAAGUCAGGCCGUAAUGGCAGCAGUCAAUGCAGCCCCCAGCAUCAAGGAGAUGAAUAUUCCACACAAAGCGGACAGGCUUUAGGUCCAUCAACCAUGCAGAAAGUUUCACAAACUGCACCUGUUCAAGAUGUCCAGUCAGAAGGAACCACUAUCAUCAUAAAUAAAGCUGAGAAUGGUUCAAGCCAAGCUAAUCUUCCUCGAAAAGGCACAUUUACAGAUGACCUCCACCAGCUGGUUGACAAUUUUGCUCGGGAUGCCAUGAGUCUGGCCCAAGUCAAGAAGGGUGGAAAACAAAAUUCACAAAGCCAUGAUACAAUGCCUCGCAAGUUUUCUGCACCGGGGCAGCUUUGCUGUGGUUCUGUGUCUGCUCCCUCCAAUCCUGCUCCUGGAAGAAAGGGAUCAUUGUGUUCAACCUUCCAACAGUAUGGUUACCCUUGCACGCCUUACGGUGCCCCACAGUGGACAAUGUCUGUGGGACCUGCACAGGUGGGUCUGAUACAACCUAUAGUCACAAACACUCUCCAGCAAGGCUUCAACGUGACCACAGGGGCUCACAAACCAGGAAAUAAUGGUGGAGGAACCAAUAUGAGGACCACUCAGGCGAGCUAAGACACAAGUGGGUAGAACCUCUGUCACUUUUAGGAACACCUCAGUGCAGAAAUUUGGGCUGGUUUAGAAGACCUUGGAAUGUGACCUCAGUUUCAGGCACCAUAUUUAAGUACAGAACGGGAUUUAAUCUGUGCAGACAACUAACUGUAUUUGAGUCCUGGCAACACAAUAGGGGAAAACAUCUUCCAAGUCUCAGAAUAAGGUGUUCCACACAACCUAAUGUUAAGACCUCUCUCCAAUCUAAAGGCAAAUGUAAAUAGACUGUUUAUAUCUAUUUACAGUCUUGUUGUGACUUGUUUAGUUACAAACUGACCAAGCCUUAUCUUUGAGAGCACUUAAGACAUGGAAUAGAGCAAUAAGGAUUUUAAAAGUCCUUGUAAUGGUUAAACUCAUGUUAAGGCCUUAAGCUUUGGUCUUCUUAGACACACAAAUGGAUGUCACUUGUUAUAAGAAGGUUUAGUGGUACUUUUUUUUUUUAAACAUUUUCCUGAGCAAUCUGCAGUUUAGAUAAGACUGUCUUAUCUACACUGGAUCCAGUGUAGAUAUAUAAAAUGUCAAAGUUAAAUGCUGCCACUAAAGUCCAUCUGUAAGUAAGCAAGACAGCAAUAAAUGAGAAUAACGUAAGGAAAGGCCUUUGCUAGUAUUGAUUUGGGGAUUUACAUUUACAUUAGAUGAGCUUAUUACAUGUUAAUCAUGGUUAUAAUGGUAGAGGAUCUCGUUCUUUUUGAGACUUCUUUCAAAUAUGCACAAUUUUGUAAAGAAAAAAGGUUAAUUAAAACCGUUUGAAUUAAAAGGACAAAGAUGUGCAAUAUAUGAAGGUUUAAAAAAGCAGGAUAAUACUGCACUUGACUAAUUUUUACACUUUUUCCAUUGCAAGUAUUUAGACUGUGACCUUUUUUUUUUGUAUUUGACAUCUGUAUAGUCAAAACAAUGUGUAGGCCUGUUUUCUCAUGUUUCCAGAAAAUGUACUGUAAUUUGAUGGGUGUAACCUGGGAUGGCUAAGAUGCAUCCUGGUAACCUGCAGGCUACAUACAUAAGCGGUGCCUUCUUAAAUCAUAAGAUAUUUUCAAUUUGAAGCACCAUUAUCUGCCCCCAUUCAUGCAUCUCCACUAAAACAAAUGGUAUGGUUGGUGAUGGACAGAAUUGCUGGAAUGGACAGAAUAUUUCUGUAAAUAAAAAUGCAUCCAAAAAUGUUCUCUGUGGAGGCUACAGUAUUGCACAUUAGUAUCAAUUUGUCUUUUUGAUCUACCACUUUUCUAAGCAUUUUUACCAAGCCACAAACAGUGCCAUUCUCAUACAGAAGUGACCAACUUUCACCUCUGAAAUAAUUGACUUGACUUCUCUAGAGAAGGGGGAAAAUGUUACUGCAAUGCAGAAUAUGCACCAUUUUGAGAGGUUAAACAGGGGCGGAAGGCUCAUUUUACCUUUAAUACCAGAGUGCAUGACUAAGUAAAUCUUUAAUCUGAUUUUGCUCAACCACAUUCUCACACUUUAAAAUACCACUGUCACAAACCACGCCCUGCUGUAAUUGCCUUUUCAAAACUGCAUGUAUUUAUAAACAAUCCCAGCCAUUCAUUAUUCUGCAUUAAAUCUGUAGUUAAAUAUUGAUGUAAUUUCAUUUGUCCCAGGUCUUUUUGGUGGCUGUAGUGAUGGUUGUUAAUCUUGUUUAAAAAAAAAAAAAAAAAAAAAAA